AUGGCGGACGCUUCCGCGCAACCAAAGCCCAGCAGCAGCGUCAAGCUGGUGCUGCUCGGCGAGGCAGCCGUCGGAAAGUCCUCGCUGGUCAUGCGCUUCGUCAACAACGACUUCCAAGAGAACAAGGAGCCGACGAUAGGAGCCGCCUUCCUCACACAGAAAUGCAACCUGCCUACCCGCACAAUCAAGUUUGAGAUCUGGGACACCGCCGGCCAGGAACGCUUCGCCUCGCUCGCGCCCAUGUACUACCGCAACGCCCAGGCCGCUCUCGUCGUCUACGACAUCACAAAGCCCUCGUCGCUCACAAAGGCCCAGCACUGGGUCGCCGAGCUGCACCGCCAGGCGUCGCCCGGCAUCGUCAUCGCCCUUGUCGGAAACAAGGCCGAUCUGGCCACCGAGGGCGGCGAGGAGAGUGCAGAGGACGCAGACGCCGCGCCGGCGGUCGAGGGUGAGGAAGCUGCAGACGCGGACGGCACCGACGCGCGGAGAGUGCCCAUCAAGACGGCCAAGGCCUACGCAGACGAGGAGAGCCUGCUGUUCUUCGAGACGAGUGCGAAGACGGGACAGAACGUCGCAGAGGUCUUCACAGCCAUUGCAAACGCCAUUCCUGAGACAAGCCUGAAGGGCCCGCGUGGGGUCAGCGGCCAGACGAACCUGGGCAGGCAAGAGGACGCGCGCGUGAAUCUGGGGAGUGCCAGGACUGAGGGUGCCAAGGAGGGCUGCGCGUGCUGA